UGUCUAGAUACCAGCGGUAAGUCCCACUAAUUCAAAAUGGUGGACCGGGAUGGGAGGAAUUUCCGUUCGUUUUAUUACGAGACUUUGGGACUGAGAAACGUUGAGCAGAAAAAAGCUUUAGCAAUAUUGCUCAAGGAUAACCCUAUAGAUUUGAGUCGUGUCGCUACGUUUAGUUGUAAGUUUAGUCUCCCCGCGGUUUAUAGGACCUUAGUGUGGAAAAUCCUUCUCGGUGUGCUUCCUCCAUACCAGGACGCGCACUCAUUUGUAGAAGAACAGCGCCGAGAGCAGUGCAAGGAUUUAAAGCAUGCUCUUCAAAUUAUGCAAAAUGAAGAAUGUAAUAUGGAUGUUGCUGAUGUGAUCUCCAAGAUGUACGUCCUCCAGGAAGGAGGAUUCUGUCUUAUCAGUAUUCCACAGAGGAUGCAAGAGUGUGCCAGUCAGAUCCGUGCUGUGGUUGAAGUCUUUGUUGACAUGUUUGAAGAUUUUGAUGACUUGUACUGGCUUUCAGUGAAAUUUAUACAGCUCCAGCAAUUUACACCAUUAGACAAAAUGGCCAAGCUGUUGCAGCAUUAUCUACAGACUGAGGAUAGUACACUGUUUUCUCACCUAAACUCACUAGGGGCAUUUCAUUACCUUCCUUAUCAAAGGUGGUUUGAAAGUAGCUUUGCAAAGGAUUUACCUGAUACUUGCAUGGAAAGAAUUUGGGAUAAAGUUGUUGCUGGCUCGACAAAAAUCCUUGUCAUUGUGGGUGUGGCACUGCUGUUGUUCUUCAAACAUUCCCUUAUGGGUGCAAAAUCUCCAAAGACUGUCACGGAUAUUCUGGAAAAGACAUUUGAUGAGGACACUUGCCUGAUAAUUGUGAACAAGGCCAUGGAGCUGUGGGACACCCAUGGUGCUACCGUGAUAUCUGAGGCACCAACUGUCCACUGACUCACCCAUUGGAUAGCUAGCUAGGAAUCAUAUAAAGAUUUGUAUGAGGGGAGGGGGGGUGGGUCGGGGUUGCCACAGCUAAGAAGUUUUUUGCUGGGGGAGUGGGGUGGCUGCCGUUCCCUGUAUUUGCUGGAGUGGCACCAGUUUCUCAUGUGAACUUUUCGGAAUUCCCAGCUAAAAUGCUUAUUCUGUCAGAGGCAAUUUCUAAAUUAUUGUUUGUAUUGUAAGUAUAAAGCCAUUUGGUGUGAAAUGUACAUAGGGAAAUAUUCUUUAAAGCUUAUGAUGCUAAAUUUGUUACGAUAUUUUCAUUCGUUGCGCAAUGAAUGUAUUUUGAUAUACUAUUUAAGGUAUGUUGUUCUGGUAAAAUGAUAUUUAAGAUAAUUAUUUCGAUUUUUGUGUAUCUAUUUAAAAAGGAUUUUUUUGUUUGAAUAAAAGUAUUUGAAAGAGUCUGCAAA